GCGUGGUGCUGGAGGAAGUCAGUGAACUGUCAAACGGAAGACCUGCAGCACGAAGACGCGAGAUGGCAGGUGGCAUAACAGCUAUUGCAGUGCUCCUUAUUACCGACAUAGCAAUGACAUGGGCUCAAGUGCCCGCCCUUGGUCCUUGUCCUGAAAUCGAGACCAUGCAGGGUUUCAACAUGCAAAGGUAUCUGGGGCAGUGGUACGAGGCUGAGCGCUACUUCGCACUCUUCGAGUUUGCUGGCAAAUGCGUCAAUGCCAACUACACGGACAUCGGGGACGGGCGAAUCAGCAUACUCAACCGACAGAUGAGUUCCCUGACGGGUAUUCGAUCCACGAUUGAAGGUGAAGUCCGUCUAAUAGGACGAACUGACGAAUCGAAGCUCAGCGUCAAGUUUCCGUCCUUGCCAGUGCUGGUGGACGCUCCAUACUGGGUGCUGGGUACGGACUACGAAAACUACGCCGUCGUGUGGUCUUGCUCCAAUUUCGGCCUCUUCAGUACACGUAAUGCGUGGAUUUUGACCCGAAGUCGGCACCCGACGCUGGAAAUAAUGGAGAAAGCAUAUUCCGUGGUGGAUAAACACGGCAUCAGUCGGGCUUACUUUAUUCGUACCGACCAAAAGAACUGUCCCAAGAUGCUGUAUUAAAACAUUUCACAUUGAAAUUGUGGUGCUGCCCAAUGCACAUUCAAGUCAGAAAUCUUCUGGAAUACGUUACUGAACGAAUUGCGAUGUGAUGUUCAUUAAGUAUACGUUGAGAAAGUGAUCAGAGCGGAAAAUUCACACAGAGUUGUAACGGUAGUUACAUUUCUCACUCGGUCUGCCCGAAAACCUUUACAUCUGACUCCGUCAUUAAGAGUAUGAGAACAUAUACGAAAUAAUCAGACUGAAACUACAAUCAAAAUUCCCACAACCUUCACUGAAUUGGGGCUGAGAAAGAAAUGUUUCUAUUCUGAAAACAGAGGAGAAUUUCAUUGCAGACGGCACCCGAAUUUUCAGUGGCACUCCCCACAUUACAGAUGGCCUGCGCCGGCGACUGAGUCAACGACAACCGGGAGAGUUCCAGUGAAAUUCUUGGAGUUGUCUGUGAUAUAAUCCGCAUGCUGUGAAAAUGAAUUUGUUUUGAUAAGGCCCGUUCUAUGAGAAUAAUUAGAAUUUGAGUAGACCAAGUUUUAUCUCUAAUAGGGCGCUCAGCAGCGUCUGAGAACACAUCAUGUAGAAAUGCAAAAUGUGAUAGAAACGCUAUGGAUGGAGGGAGAUAUAUCAGAGGCACGCAUGUUAAGUGUUAUGACAAUUAAAAUAACUAUUUAUAAACCGACUGCAUUGGGAAGGCUGUGGGGCAUACUCAUUCAAAAACAUUUUGCUUAUAGUCUUUUGUUAGUAAUUUAUUGCUACUGUUUUCAGUUCCUUGUAUUACAAUGAUAUAUUAAUUUAUUUUUAAUUUAUAGA